CAGCAGGUCACGUGACCUCAGAGCCCGUAUGUGCUUGUCUCCGGAACACGGCGCUGGUGUGAGUGAGUACACUAGACUCUAGAGGAUGUCGGAUAGGAUGGAGUGUACUGGAGAAACUUUAUCCAAGACAUAAAACAGCCGUAUAUCUCACGCGUCCGACGUUCACUGAAGAAGAAAGGGCGUUUGUAUCAACUUUAAAGCGGCUUGCUCUGGUUGGUGUGCUUCCUCUGCGGCGCGCGGAGCCGAAUGUCGGUGCUCAGAUCCUAGAGACACGGGACACGGGCUACACGCUUACCGUACACCGCAGGGGAUGUUAUCGGUACUCUCCUAUGGCAGGAUCGUGGCCAGGGCUGUCCUGGGCGGACUCUCGCAAACGGACGGCAGAGAUUACCGCCUGAUCACGGCCAGCUGCGGCUUCGGGAAGGACUUUCGCAAGGGGAUCCUGAAGAAGGGCAUGUGUUACGGCGAUGAUGCCUGCUUCAUUGCCCGGCACAAGUCCGCGGAUGUUCUGGGUGUUGCAGAUGGCGUCGGGGGCUGGAGGGAUUACGGCGUGGACCCGUCGCAGUUCUCUGCCACCUUGAUGAAGACGUGUGAACGGCUCGUGAAGGUGGGCCGCUUCACUCCCAGCAGCCCCGUGGGCAUCCUGACCUCCGGCUACUAUGAACUCCUGCAGAACAAAGUACCGCUGCUGGGAAGUAGCACAGCUUGCAUAGUCGUUCUGGAUCGUCGGAGUCACAGGAUACACACCUGCAAUCUGGGAGACUCAGGCUUCUUGGUGGUUCGGGGUGGAGAGGUGGUCCAUCGGUCAGACGAGCAGCAACACUACUUCAACACACCCUUCCAGCUGUCCAUAGCCCCGCCGGGGGCAGAGGGCGUGGUGUUGAGUGACAGUCCUGAGGCGGCAGAUAGCUCUUCCUUUGAUGUCCAAUUAGGGGACAUCAUUUUGACCGCUACUGACGGCCUCUUUGACAACAUGCCUGACUACAUGAUCCUGCAAGAACUCAAGAAACUCAAGAACACCAACUAUGAUAGUAUCCAGCAGACUGCCCGCAGCAUUGCUGAACAGGCCCAUGAGUUGGCCUACGACCCCAACUACAUGUCCCCUUUCGCCCAGUUUGCCUGUGACAACGGGUUGAAUGUAAGAGGGGGGAAGCCUGACGACAUCACAGUGCUUCUGUCCAUUGUGGCAGAAUACACAGACUGAGCGCGCUCAGUGGUGCUUGCUCUUCUCUUACACCUGUGUCUUCCACCCCUCUCCAAUUGCACUGCUCCCCAUCUCACUUCUCCCAGCACCACUUUCCAUUCUUCCAUUUCUCGAGUAGAUCUCCAGUCAACGCAGGGAGGAGGAUAACAUGAACUCACUGGUGUGGGUGGUGAUGCAAGCGGUACAAACAGUCCACAAUUGAUGACCUCAUUUGUGUCCAAAAGGAUUUUGGGAAUCUUCAACCCGUGUUGUGAAUUUGAGUCAUUUCUAUUUUUCCAAGGGGCAAGGAGAGCCAUGCAUUACCCACAAAAAGUGGUUUAUAAUGGGAGAAGCUGUCAUAUUCACUCGUGUGGCUUGUGCAAAUGAAAAGCUGUUGUUAAAUGGUUGGUUGUCUAUGUCUUGAGAGAGAAGUUAAGCAUCUCUGAAGCCUCUAUGUGCUGGAGUGCCUCUGUGUUUUUGUGUGUACGUGUAUAACGUGUCCUGUUUGGUUAAGCUGUAAUAGAAAGGUAGAUAAAAGUUCGGAAAGAGGCUUAGCUAGAUUUAAACCUGUUGCGAAAUGCAAGUGCUUUAGGAUGUGCUGGCUAGUUCUGUUCAGCCAGAAUAUCUACCUCUAGUUAGACAAUCUUCAUCUACACCAUCACUUUGUGAGGUCUUGGAUGAUGGAUUGCAAGUUGAAAGGCAGGAAGGAGAUGGGUUAAAUGUACAGCUUGUGUUUGGUUAUAAAAGAUAGAAACUGAACUGCACAGACAUCGUAGACCUUAGUCAGUGUAGUGCCAUAUUUAAGUUUUGACAGGAAUGAAACUGAGGCUGUGAGGGUUAGAAGUACAGUGCGUUCAGUGGAUUGUACUGUUUAACAUCAAACCGAUUGAUCAGCUGACAAAACGUCUUUCUGAAAAAUGUUACGUAGACAAAAACGCAACUUUUGAAAGUUGUGAUUUGGUGAAAAUUACAUGGUCUAGGACCUUUAUACAGUUCGUAAAGACUAAGUAUAUCCCUGGCAUCCUUAUUUUCAAUAUGGUGUCAAACCUGACUAAGAUCUGUACCAGAGAAUGUCACAAUCCACUGAUAGACAGCUACACUCGCUCACGGGGAUGGUGGAUGUUGACUGUGAAUGCGUGUUGGAUGUAUAUUUGCAUGACUUCACCUCUCGACCCUUGAGUUUGAAAGUCUACACGCACAAAUGGCUAGCAUCUGGCAAUGCUUUUCAUGAAUUGAAAGGUCAGGUAUCUAAAUAAAUGUUUUAUUUUUUAUAAAUAUUUAGCUUUUAGUGGACAAGAUUCAACAGAAUGCAGAAGUCAGGGAACGCUGGUCUUUACGGAUCGACCAUAAGGCCUUUCGCCGUUUUCUGUGCUCCCUAGCGAGGCUUGCGUUAUUUUUUUAAUUGAUUGAAGGGUAUCUAACGGUUUUUGUUUUUCCUGUGUCGCUCUAGAUUGGUUCUAGAGAAAUUUUUCACACUCAUGUGCUGCUUUAAUUUUGUAAAUUAUAAAUGUGUGAGUGACUACAUUAUUUAUAUGAAUGUUUUUACCUGUACAAUAAAAAAUGGGUGCGCUGAUGGCGAUUUUAUUUCACGAAAGCGACAAUUCAUGCAGACCGUUGAGUGUGAUUGGCUUGCAGUCUUUGGAUAAAAUGGAACACUGAUUCUAUGAGAAGCAUUAACUAUACAUAAUUGUUAUAUUUUUGUCCAGUUUAUUGAGAUUGGAAAAACAUAAAGCAAUACAGAUUUUUAAAAUGUCUUUUUAGUUUUGUUUCUCCAAUGUAUGUGAAAUAUUGUGCAUGCCCAGGAUGGCAAACCUCAGUUAAGUAUGUCAAAAAUUAUUGAUAUAUGUAUAGGUCAUGAGUAAAUAUUCUUUAAAGCUUUCAUACUUAAAAUCCUAUAUAAACAUGGAACUCAAUGUUUUGUGAGGUUUGCUGUCCUGAUAUGUUCCAUAAAGGCAUGGCUAUUCACCUACAGACAGAGAGGACUAUAAUCAAGUCCUCAGUUGUGCCUGCAACACAAUUCGACCAGAACUGUGGUCUCUUAUUAUGUGUGACGUCUUGUGGGUUGUGGUCAUGUUAAAAUCAACAUUGUGUAAUCGGUAAAGAAAACCAAAGCAGGAAAGCCAUAAGACCAGCAUGACCAAGGUUUUCUCAUCCAAUGUCUCACUGUCAUCUAAAAGACCGCAGUUGAAUCUUUAAAUGUUAAGAGUAUCUGCCGGAAUUACCAUAGUGUCCCAAAUCUGCUUUUCUUUCUAGAUAAAUGAAAUGGAAAUCAACUAAACAGCCAGUCAUAUGUAAUGGUUAUUCAGUUGUGUACUUGUCAAUUACCAAAUGUGUGAUCUAGGUCGAAAAUGUUUUAGUUGUCUUUUUAUUUUAGUCAAAGGUGAUGUGUGUGAUAUCAGCGCCUCUAGAGGCAGCAAACAGAAUUGCAAUUUGUUUUGUUUUUUUGUUUGCUUGUUUGUUUGUGUUUUUUGAACAACUCAACCAAUGGCAUUAGUUUAAGGCGGAGCUAACAGUUUGCUGGAGUAAUGACUUUUUGGUUUGGUCCGACAAUAAGAAUUGGGAUGAUUUAUUUUGGAUCAGAAAUGCCAUAAAAUAAUGAAGUAUUAGCAUCACCCAAAAAAUUUAAUUAAAUUAUAAAUAAUAUAAUUUAAAAAACUGAUCUAAACAACACAUGGUGGUUUGAAAUCCAAUUAUAGUCAUUUUUGCAUUUGUUGGAAUAUGUCUCAAUGUAA